AUGACUGAGGAGAAAUCCAGAUUACACGAACCCACCGCCAACGCCACAGUUUGCAUACAAGCAAACAACAAUACCAAAAAAUCCAAAAGAAAACAUCGUGACAAAAGUGAUUUGGGUCCAAAUUUUGUAGCACCCGAUGGUGGUUGGGGAUGGGUUGUUUGCAUAGCUGCCGGUUUAAGUAAUCUAUCAGUUUUCCCACCAUUACAACAAUAUGGCCUUAUCUAUAGACGACGUAUGGAGAAAUUCCAAUUCGAUGCCAAAGAGAUUACCACAAUUAUAAAUGUCGAAAUGGCAGUAGCAUCAAUGGUGGGUCUUGUCAAUGGAGCCAUGUUCCGUAGAUUUACAUUUCGCCAAGUGGGCUUAGUGGGGAGUCUAUUCGCAUUCUCAGGCAUAUUUUUUACAACAUUUUGUGAUAAUUUUUGGAAAUAUUUGGUAUGUUUUUCAUCGAUUUAUGGUAUCGGCAGAGGUCUGACUAUGGCCGCAAAUUCAUUGGCUGUCAAUACAUAUUUCAAAAAUAAACGACGCCGGGCUACGGGAUUUACCUGGACCAUUACAGGAUUGGGUCCUAUUAUAUUCCCUUAUGUUUCAACGAUUUUUCUGGGACUUUAUGGACCACAGGGUUCUAUUUUAAUAUAUUCGGCAAUAGCCCUUCAUGCUUUUAUGUGUUCUUUAACUUUGCAGCCGGUGUUGUGGCAUUCACCAAAGCCCUCAAAGGAAGAAGAAAGGAUAACAGAAGAAAAUAAUGGAACCUCUGAAAUUGUAGGAAAAUGUAAAUUUUGCCAAAAUCAAAAGCAGGAAGAACUGGAAAAAUCGGAAUAUGAAGUAACCGAACCUGGUACACCCAUGGUGGCCCGGGCAAAUGAUGGUUGGUAUGGCUCGAAGUUGUCCCUGAACAAAGACGAGUCGAGGCCUACAAGGAGAUUUAUUUCCAAGCAGAAUAACUGUGAGAGUGGUUAUGAAUUGGGAGAGAGAAUAAAAAAAUCCCCCAGCAAGGCUACAAAUUUGGAAAGCGUCAUGGAAGCCACACAUUGCACCUGUGCCGAGGAAAAAGCUCUGCUGGAAAAGAACUCUAACGAGGAGAAAGAAAAAGCCAAACAAAAUGCAUUACUGGAAGCUGAAGGAGAAGAAAAGGAGGCCCAGCGAAGGAGUCAUCUCUCUGUGCUGCAAAAAAUUGUUCUAUUUUUCGAUUUAGAUCUCCUCAAAGAUUUCACCUUUGUCAAUUUGGCCGUUGGCAUGACCAUUAUGAUGUUCGGAGAAUUUAACUUCUCUGUUUUGACUCCCUUUAUUUUGAAUAAUUUCGGUUAUAACGAUAAACAAAUAUCCAUUGCCAUGUCCUGUUUGGCUGGUAUGGAUAUUUCGGUGAGGUUCUUAGCUCCAUUGGUGCUGGAAAAAGUUAAACUUUCAAAUAGUCUCCUCUUUGCAUUCGGAAUUUUAGCCGUUUCCAUUGGACGUUUUAUUGUCACACAAACCGAUUCAUAUUAUGUUGUAGUGGCUGCGUUUAUUUUUAUCGGUUUCGGUAAAGGGUUUCGUACAAUUUUCUCUCCGCUGAUAAUACCAAGUUAUGUGCCAUUGAAACGUUUACCCGCCGCAUCGGGUCUGCAGUUGAUUCUAAGUUCAAUUACAUCGUUUUCAUUGGGGCCGGUGUUGGGUACCAUUACCGAUAAGUUUGGUUAUACCGUCACCAUCCACAGCAUUAAUGCCCUAACCGGUCUUAUGUUAUUAUUUUGGUUAUUAGAAUACUUUAUACGUAGAAAUCUGAAGAACAAAUCUCCACAAAUCGAUUCUUGA